AUGGAGGAAGCGGAAAACCAGCUGGCCUUCCUUGACGCCCUCGUCUUUCGCAAUGAUUGUGGUGGCCUAAAGACUAAGGUAUUCAGGAAAGCGACAAACGCGAUGCAAGUACAUAAAUACAACAGCAACCAACCAAUCAGCCACAAACGCAGUUGCGUAAGGGUGCUCUAUCGGCGUGUUGAGACGCACUGCAGUGAACUAGAAGAUAAAGUUGCCCAGGUAGAAUACCUUCGACCGGUGUUCAGAGAAAAUGGGUACCAGCGCAACUUCGUCAACCGGUGCUUGCGCAAACGAGAUCGCCAACAAAGUCGCACCGACCCCAACAUUUGGCGACUACAAGGCACAUAUGUUAAGUGCAGAAAUCUGGGAGCUGCACCUAACUUAGUUUGCUCACAGUUCGCCUAA